CGAUUGAGCCCUUUGCCUGCUUGUUCUACUACCACCGUCCCCUUGCACUAGCCCAUAAAUACAUCCCCUCGUUCCCUCGUCAGCCCCGACCUUCUCCAGAACCGCUCCCGCACCGCGCAUACUACACACCGUCCGCCUACUGCUCAUCAUGGCUUCUUCAUACUCUGCACAGCCCGCCACCAUGGACGAUCCCGACCAUGGCUGGAAGCCGAACAAACGUCCUCAAUCCACCAUAGCGCGCAACUUCAUGACCGAGCUCGACAGCCUGUUCAAGUUGGACGGCGGCAUCGAGGACCUCGACCGGACAGUGCACGAAAAGAAGGCAGCUGUCAGCACCCAGACCAAGGAACUCGAGGCCCUCGAAGCAAGGCUGCGCGCUGCUGAAGAGCGUCUCAACCAAGCAAAGGGCAACUCCCCACCAGCCAAGAGCGGCACCCAGCAAACCACCCAGAGAGACGAGGCACAACCACAGGCGCCCGAGAGCCCUCUUGCGCAAAAGACGCCAAACAUGCCAGGUGCGAUUCCACAAAUACCGACCCCUUCAUCGACCACCAGCGCUGACUAUGUCCUCGUAGAGAGGCCAUCUUCUGCCAAGCCUGAGGCCGCAUAGCUACACUCCCUUUGAUGAUGAUACCACGAUACCCAGGCACUGCGUCCACCUUCAUCAUACACUUUGGCCUCUGCAAUCAUGAGUCCGCAUCUCGGACAGGGGCAUAACCUUUAUAAUUAACAGAGGCUUUUUUAUCUCUUUCUUUUCAACUCGGGCGACUUUUUGUUCUUUCUCACU